GGAGCCACAGCCGCGCCGCGCCGCCGCGAUGAGGGCCGUGCUGCCGCUGCUCUGCGCCUGGGCUUGGCUCCUGGGCGCCCCUGCCCGCGCUGCCGCCGCGCUGUCCGUGAACGCUUUAGAGAAGUUUCAUUUUAAGUCAUGGAUGGUACAGCACCAAAAGAAAUACAGCUCAGAGGAGUACCACCACAGGCUGCAGACAUUUGUCAGCAACUGGAGGAAGAUCGACGCCCACAACAAUAGGAACCACACAUUUAAAAUGGCACUGAACCAAUUUUCAGACAUGAGCUUUGCUGAGAUAAAACAAAAAUAUCUUUGGUCAGAGCCGCAGAAUUGCUCAGCCACCAAAAGUAAUUACCUUCGGGGUACUGGCCCCUACCCAACCUCUAUGGACUGGCGGAAAAAAGGAAAUUUUGUCUCACCGGUGAAAAAUCAGGGUGCCUGUGGCAGUUGCUGGACUUUCUCCACCACAGGGGCCCUGGAGUCUGCGGUGGCCAUCGCCAGUGGGAAGAUGCUGUCUUUGGCAGAGCAGCAGCUGGUGGACUGUGCCCAGAAUUUCAACAAUCAUGGCUGCCAAGGGGGCCUCCCCAGCCAGGCCUUCGAGUACAUCCUGUACAACAAGGGCAUCAUGGGAGAAGACACCUACCCCUACUUGGGCAAGGACAGUAAGUGCAAGUUCCGUCCAGAAAAGGCCAUUGCAUUUGUCAAGGAUGUAGCCAACAUUACACUUAAUGAUGAGGAGGCAAUGGUGGAGGCCGUGGCCCUAUACAACCCCGUGAGCUUUGCUUUUGAGGUGACUGAAGAUUUCAUGAUGUAUAAAAGUGGUGUCUACUCCAGUACUUCCUGUCAUAAGACUCCAGAUAAAGUAAACCACGCAGUACUGGCUGUUGGGUAUGGAGAAGAGAAUGGGAUACCCUACUGGAUCGUGAAGAAUUCUUGGGGCUCCCAUUGGGGAAAGGAUGGGUACUUCCUCAUUGAGCGUGGGAAGAACAUGUGUGGUCUGGCUGCCUGUGCCUCCUACCCGAUCCCUGAGGUGUGAGCCAGCGGAAGCUGUGGAGACGGUUGGCGGAGAAGGAGAGGAACUGGUGUCCCAGCUGUUUGCUGGAAAUCCUGCCUGGAGGAAGCUCUGGGGGUAUCCACCAGAGGCCCCCAUUUUUCACCCUCACUCCUGUUCUGAGCCUGGAAACCUAAAGACAAGGAGGAAGAAUUCCAUUGCACAAGAAGCCCACUCACAUCUUUUGAUGUGAUGACCAUCACCAGCCAUGUGCCUUAGGUGUGGUUUUUAACUGACUCAAACCCAUGUGGAUGGAGAAUAUUCUUUCUUUCAAGAGGGGCUACUUCCACAUGUAGAGAGCGCUUCAGUCUACUAUCUUUUCUGUAUUCUUUUUUCAAUAAACAUUGAGUGAGCACCUCCCUGA